AUGGAUAUUCACCGGUGUCGAUUUGUGGAUUAUACGCCUCAAACGGUGACUUCUCUGGCAUUCUCCCAGAGAUCCACUACCGAUAUCAGUCCCAGAAACCUUUUACUAGCGGUUGGACGAGCAGACGGGUCGAUCGAGCUAUGGAAUCCGCGAGGACGGCAUACAAACUGGCUCAAACAGCACACAAUCCCCGGAGGAAAGGGAAGAUCGGUUGAAGGACUUGUCUGGUGCAGUGAUGAUAUACACUCGCGGCUUUUUUCGAUCGGAGGAUCCACGUAUCUGACCGAGUGGGACGUUUCCAAGGGAGUUCCUGUUCAGAACCAUGACUGCAAUGCCGGUGUGAUUUGGUCUGUUGCGGCCAACCAGUCCCAAUCCAAGAUUGCUGUUGGAUGUGAGGAUGGAUCUGUUGUGAUAAUAGACGUUUCUGGAGGCCCAGGAGUCAUGGAGCACGAACGGAUCUUACAAAGACAGCAGUCUAGAGUGUUGAGCUUGUGCUGGUAUAAGGACGAGAUGAUCAUUGGAGGAUGUGCUGAUGGCCGUAUACGGUGUUGGGAUGCUCAAGGGCAACUGGUGCACACUUUACGAGUUGACAAGUCCAAGACAGAGAGCACUCUGGUGUGGAGUGUCUAUGUGGUUGCAAAUUCCAGUCAGCUUGUUUCCGGUGAUUCUACCGGUAGCGUCAAGUUCUGGGACUUGAAGCAUUUUGUGUUGCAACAGAGCUUCAACGUUCACGAGGCCGAUGUUCUUACGUUGACCGGAAACAUGAACGGAACCACCGUUUUCAGUACCGGUGUGGACAGAAAAAUAUACCAGUUCCAACUAGUGGAAGCUGGCAAGAAAUCACAGAAAUGGAUGAGCAGUUCGAACAGGCUGCUCCAUGGAAACGAUGUUCGUGCGAUGACGGCGUACGAGUCGCGGAACCUCGAUCUUCUGGUCAGUGGAGGAGUCGAGCGCGUGGUUGUUGUGCAUUCGUCCAAGAACUUUCAGAACGGGAUGGUGGUGAAGCUACCAAUCAAUGCUAAUAAUGUGAUUAUAAACGAGGAGCAACGGCUGCUGGUGAUGUGGCAGGAACAGACCAUCAAGGUUUGGAAGUUCUUGAACAAUCAGGAGAAGCUUUUGGUUGCAAAGCUCACGCUUGCAGACCAGGAAAAUAUCACCGACGUUGCUAUUUCCAAGAACGGACGGUACCUUGUUGUGGCAAGACUGAGUGUUGUGCGUAUUUUCGAGCUGAUCGAGACAGACACGGCCAAAUUACAGGUUCUCAAAGUGCAAGCCUCGAAACUGGACGGUGUCGGUGCCAAGAAGGUGGCCAUUUUGGACGAAAAAGCACAGAUUUUGCUCGUUUCCAACGACAACGAGGUGACCUCCAUUAAGUUCGACGUCAACGACGAAGAUGAGGUGUCUGAGUUCGACGAGGAGCAGGAGUUGCUGGAGUACGACGUGGAGACCGAGUGCGAGCUGCUGCAAGUGAGUGCAGACUCGCAAGUGGCUGCAUUUGCUAGCUAUUCAGGCAAAAUAGCAUUGCUCGACACCGAGUCUGGCGAGACCCGUGUACUGGUCAGACUGAACGAGGUUCCAACUGCUCUACGGUUCAGCAGCAGAGACACGCUUCUAGUGGCCACAUUGGACCACAAGCUUUACGAGUUUAACCUGGAAGGCGACCUGCACUCGGAAUGGUCACGCAAUAAUAGCGAGAACAUGCCCCAGGCUUUUGUGACGCUUCCAGGCCAGCCAUAUGGCAUAUUCGAGACAAACGACCGUUUCUGGGUCUACGGAACGAGCUGGCUAGCUUUCUUCGACUCCAAAACAGAGCUUCCGCAAAAACAGUCCAAGGGGAAGAAACGUAGCAGAAGCAAGCCAAACGGAACAGUCAAUGGAUCUAAUGAGAACCACGAGGUGUCGGAAAAGACGUUCUGGUUCACCAACAAAUACAAAAACUUGCUACUGGCCGACAGACUGUCUGAGGACGAGCUUGUCGUGGUGGAAAGACCUGUGGAGGAGAUGCCUUCGCCGCCGGCAUUCAAAUUGGUCAAGUAUAAUAUAUAG